CAAUCAAUUGCAUGAUGACAGAACUCACUCCUCACCCAACUCUGAUUGUACCCUCUCAACCAUUCAAAGAACACAACAACAACAACAUUCCCACUUAUCUAUUGAAUUGAAACUAGGAUCUUCAGAAAGAUAGAAGAAAUAAAGAAACCCAAAGGUUGUAUGUGGUGUUUUAUUGUUGUUAUUAUUUGUUAAUAUAACACUGUAUAUAUUGCAGUGUUUUGGUGAUUGGAGGGUAGUAAGGGAAUUAUGGCAAAGAGAUCAGAUUUUGCACAGAAGCUUUUGGAUGAUCUUAGGCUAAGGAAGGAAAAAAUGGGUGUUCCUGCUGCAUCUCAUCAGUCUCAGAGGACAAGCCAAUCACAGCCUAUCGAUGCAUAUUCUUACUCCAAGCAAACAAGUGUUGGAUCAAGGAACAGAAAAUCCAAUGAAAUUGUAAGUUCAAGAAAUGGAGAUAUGCUGAAUAGGUCUAGCAGAAGCCAUAGAUCUUCAAUCAAUGGAGAAGUUUCAAAUCAGAUAGUUUCAUAUGGGAGAGGCCAGAGCUCACAUAAAAUGGAUGAUGUUUCCUUAGCCAUAGCCUUUGCUUUCGAGAAUGGCAUGGCUAAACCAAGAAGAGCUGAUUCGUCUUACUAUAGCAAUAACAAUAAUAGUUCAACUUUGGCUUUUCUUCACCAAAUCAAGAAGGGGACAAUGGAAUUUGGCAUGAUGGAUAGACAAGGAAACAUGGUUAGGCAACAAGCUUCAACAAACAAUUUUCAAGGCCUCUCCCCUAUGCAGAUAAAUGAGAUAUCGAAAGGUGCACAGAGACUAAACCAGAUACUAAGAGCUUGCUCCAAUGGUUUCAACAUUGAUAGAUAUUCGAUUGAAGUUGCGAAGGAGCUGUUCCAAGGAGCUAUUGAUUUGGAACAGUCACUCAGGAUGCUGGUAGAGCUGCAGCAGAAUUCAGAGUUCUUGAUUGCGCCGCAGAAGAAAAACCGGAUCAAGUUAUUGGAUGAAGACAGUGAAGAUGAUGAUGAAAGCAACAAAAUAAUUAGAGCAUCUGAGAAAAACCAAUUGGCGCCACCGAUUUUCUCCUUCGACAAGCGAUCUAGGCAUACUCUUAUGCAGGGGAAAAUUAUUCUUACAAACUCUAAAGAAGGCAGAAACUCAAAUACCAAAAACAAAGAUGGAAAGAUUUCAAGAACUUCUCAGAAGCAAACAAAUAGAUCUAGUUAUGAAAUUAAGAAUCUCAAUGAUGUUUUGGAGCAGAAAAGCCACUCUGCCUCGGCGAAAUCUGACACAGAGAAGGGAAGGAUUCCAAGUGUAGUUGCAAAACUGAUGGGGCUAGAUAACUUGCCGGAGAAGGCAGAGCCGAAAAUCAUGCCGCAGAAGGAUUCUGGUAAUGCACAGAAGAUUAGAGGAAAUCAAGGAAUGACAAUGCAGUAUACUAGUGAAAAGCAAAGAACAAAGAAGGUUGAAGUGAAUAACAACAAAGAAACAGAGAAUUUGGUAGCUAUGAAGAAACAAAGAGUGAUAGAAGCCUUUAACAUGGCCGCAACAACUCAUGAUGAGGAACAAUUGUUUGCUGCCAAUAAGAAUUCACUUGGCGAAAAGGCUGGCCACAGGGUAGUUUCUCAGAAUGGAAAACCACUAUGGAGUGAUCUGUAUGGAAUAAAACCCCUGGAUGGUUUCGAAAAGCCGAAGCAUAAUAUCAGUGCUGCUAACAUCACAGAACAGAAAAGCACAGCAAAGGGCAGAAUCAAUGGCGAACAAGUGACUGAAAGAUCACAAGUUAAGCCUUCAAUGCAGGAAGAGAAAGAGAUCAAUGUUAGUAAUGUCCAAAUGGUGAAAAAAAAUACAUACAAACAGAACAUGAAUAAUCAGAAGAAACCUGAGAAGAGUCUUGCAGAUCAGAAGUCAUACAUGCUCUCAAAAUAUGGGCCUCAAGAAGGGAAAAAUCAUAGCGAACAACGACUCCAGCCGAGGGAAAAACAAAUGCCGCAGGCGAGAUUACAAGGAGGGAGUGAAUUGAAUUUGAGAAGUUCAAAAAACCAGAAUAGGCUUAUUAGUUCUCAUAAGAAGCAGAACUCUGUAGAAAAUUUGAAAGCUAUGAAACUGGAAGGACAUUUAGGCAACCGAUAUGAUGAUUUCGCCAAACACGAAACGUCCAAUGGCACCAAUGAUAAAGUGAAAGAGAUAGUUAACCGGAAGGGGGCAAGUGUCAAAAUGAUGGUGGAUGAAAAAAUUGUUCCUAAACUGGCCAAUAUGAAGGUGAAGAAUACCAGAAAGCAAAAGGCUGACAUGCCUAGAAAGAUUGUUGAAGUGUCUAAUGAAGGAAAUGGAAGAAAGCUCAUCGAGAAAGUGAAACAAAAAAUUCAUAUUUUGCAUGAUUCUAGACAAGGAGCAAUAGAUAGAUUCAAUGGCUUUAAAGAUGCUAAGGGAGAAACAGUUGGCAUCAUCAACUCUAACGAAACAGCAGCUGUGGCUGAAUCACCGGAUUGGAGUUGCCAACCACUUAAAGAAGCCGAUCUGGCUCCUACAUCAUACAAUUCUGAUGGUAGAGAACUCCAUAGCCUAAAGGGACCAGUUGCUUUAACUACAAAUCAUUCGGAUCAUGCUGCUCCUGUGGUAGCAAAUGAAGGAUUCAAGCGUGGUGAACUUGCAUUAAAUACAACAAAUGGAACUCAUGAAGAAAGCAUGAGUACUAAUAAUAACCACUUACGACAUAAAAAUCAAAAUAUAUAUGCAAAGAGAACACAAAAGCCACUAACAGAUAGCGAAAUCCGCCUGAAGAGGAUCUUAGUCGCAAACCGAUCAUUCCUCAAUACUUCAGAAGCUCUUUUCAGGCUCAACAUUCCAUUCAGCAUUCUGCAAGAUAGGAGCACCGGCGGCCAGGACAGGGAAGGCGAAUGCAAAGAACUCAUGUUAGACUGCGGAUAUGAAGUAAUGAAGCGAAAGGGGAUACUGUCAGAACUCAGAGCUUAUCCAUUCUCAAACAUAUCAAUCGAUACAAUGAGCAUAGCAUCCCUGGAUGACUUGGUUAGGCUUCUGAACAAAGACAUUGAGAAGCUAAGAUUCUAUGGAAGGAACAACAGGAAUUUCAAUGCCAAUGUCGAGGACUACCUGCCGAAAAUGCUUGAACUCGACAUAUUCAGUCGAGAGCAAGACAUAGAUUGUAUGUGGGAUUUUGGUUGGAAGAAUGAGACAUUUGCAUUAAUUGAAAGAUGUGAUGUUGUAAAGGAUAUGGAAAAACAUGUCCUGAAUGUGCUUUUGGAUGAAAUCACCAGAGAACUUAUGCUUCAAGGAGGACUCAAAAUAGCAACCAAAUAAAAAAUAAGGUUUACUACUUUCAUCAUUCAGGUGAAAACAGAAGAUAAAGAGUUUCUUAUUUUUUGCUUUUUUUUUUUGGGGGAUUUUUCUUGAGUGGUUUAAGUAGUUGAUGAGCACUCUGGUGUGGUGAUAGUAUAUAUUGUAAAUCAUUUGUAAUUCAUAGUUACAAAGCAUUUCAUAGACUUUGAACAAUGAUUUGUAUUAUUCUUACAAACAUGAUGAAUUUUUUGUACAUGUACAUCCAUAUGAACUUUAUUAUUAAAAGAAAAUGCUGUUC